AGUAAAAAUAUUUACUGUUAAAAAAACGUAGCCGAAAUUCGCAAUUUCAUAAUUGAAUUAAAGCAAUUUAUUUUUAUCAACUAUAACGAUACUCGGUAUUGACUUCUUCCACUUCCAACGUCAAUAAACAUGGCGAAAGUAUUAUCUAUUAUUGGAGUUUUGGCUAUAGCUGUUGUGGGUCAAGCCCUCACCCCAUCUUCAUUUCUUACAACCCUUGAUCAAAACAGAUUAAAGUCUGUGUUUGAAGCUGCAGCGCCAUAUGGUGACACACAGUCUGCACAUUAUUCUAUCCUCGGUUUGAAAUUAUUAGGGGCAACCAUCCCUAAUUCACAGGAUUCCUGUAAAACACUAUCCAAAGUUAUUGAUGGCAGCAGUGUAGCAUCAAUCUACUAUGCAGCCACAGCAGCUAAAGCUUUGGGUAAUUGCAAGAUUGAAGUGCCAGAGUUUAAGAAAACAUUGACGGAUGCUAUCAAAGAAGAUGCUAGUGUCCAAGAUAUUGUGUUUGCUUAUUUAGCACUAAAAAGUUUGGGUCUUCCAGCUGAUGAUGGGGCAGUAUCUAAAGCUCUCUUGGCAGCACUUAAGACUGAUGAUUCCCCUACCAGUCAUGGUUAUGCCUUUUUAGCAGCAGCUGAAUUAUCUGGAGAUAUCAAUAAAUUUGUUGACAAUAUUGAAGAUGUUGUGGCUCAGGCAGAUGAAGUGGAUGAUAAAUAUUUACAAUUUGAAGGUGGCCUUUUUGCCACAGCUUUAGUUGUAGACAGUGCAUACAAAUUGGCUGAAAAAAAUAAGAAACCUCCCACAAUUGCCCAGGACAAGAUUUUGAAGUUUGCAAACUAUUUCCUGAGUCGCAAGCAUGUUCACCAGCUUAAAUCUGCCUACCAGUUCCUUGCAGUCAUCAAGACUCUUACAACCAACAAGUUUCACAUUCCAGUAGCUGUAUCACUUGCUAGCCCGGUGGCUGUUACUCAGGUUGAUGCAUCUGUUAAAGUCCAAGUAACCGAUCUCCUGGGUGGAGCCCUUGGUGAAAUGACUGUAACUGCUGAUAGUGCCAGACAUUUGGAAGAUGGAGCUGUUGUCCUCAGCAAGAAACAAUUUACACCAUCUGGUUCUGACAAGUCUCUUUAUGAGUUAAACUUCCUUGAAGCUAAACCUGCUAAAGGAUUUUACAAGUUAACCAUUAGUGUUGUUCCUAAAAAGAGUGAUGCAAAGCUUAUUGGUACAACUGGUGCAGAGCUUGAAGUGAAAGUUACUACCAAAGUUGCAAUUGAAAAUGUUGAAAUUGGAGUAGCUGAUAAAGAUCAAGCCACUGCAGCACGUACUACAAGGCUUGUCCAUCCUAGUAAAGCUGCCACUGUCAUAGAAGCAGAUUAUCACCAGAAAAUUGUCAUGAAAUUCCAACUCAAAGACAAAACUUCUGGUCAGCUAAUGACUGCCCACCAAGCUUUUAUCCGGAUGACCAAUAUUGAAACCAAACAGGAAAUCAUCUUUGUUACUGAAUCUGAUAACAGCCUCACUAGCAAGUUUGAUCUGGAUGUUGGUGCCAGUGCUAAAGAAUUUGGAUCUGCAUCAGGCAAAUAUAGCAUGGAACUGAUAGUUGGAGAUGCUGUGAUUGAGAACCCAUUCUCAUGGCUUGUUGCUGAUGUCUCAAUAACCUUUGCAGAAUCUAGUGAACCAGCUGCAGACAGUACUAACCAAUAUGCAAAGAAACCUGAGAUUAAGCACAAGUUCAAUGAACCCGAGAAGAGACCACCAGCCACUGUUUCUCUUGCAUUCACUGCCCUUGUUUUACUGCCUCUGCUUAUUCUUCUCGUAUUGUGGAUCAGAAUUGGUGUUAACAUUUCAAACUUCCCCGUUUCACUCAGUGCAAUUGGAUUCCAUGUUUGUCUAGCAGCAAUAUUUGGCCUUUACUACUGCUACUGGAUUAAAUUAAACAUGUUUCAAACAUUGCGUUGGUUGGGUAUUUUAGCAGUUCCAACCUUCUUCUUUGGCAACCGUCUUCUAAGUGCUUUAGCAUCUAAAAGGGUGCUGCUUCUUAGUGGUUUAUCACUUCAAACAAUUCCCUUUGCGCAAACUACUACUCAUUAUAAAACCAUGAAAAAGAAAGAAAAAACGAGAUGAAAAUGCAAAACAUCCCUAAUUAGUGUAGAAGUACUUUCAUCAUAUAGCACAGUUUCAACAUUUCCUGUAACAUCAACACAAGGUGCAUUUGAAAUCAUGGACAUAAGUAUUUCAUGACUUACACAGAUGAAUUUUUUUAAUAAGGGUUGCUAUCUCAGCUAGUGAAUGAAAGGAUAAUAUUCCUACUUAUGGUUUAGUGAAUUUAAGGUUAUGCUGUGUUGUGUGUUGAUAUGUAAACAAAAUAAAUGCUUCUUUGUUGUUGUUUGUCUACAACUGAUGUUGUUACAGCUUGUAAACAGUGUGCACAAUUUCAUCUUCGUCAUUUAUCUGUGUGUGUAAGAAUGGUAGCAUUCAUGUUAUCACUUUUAAAUUUCAAUAUCCAUGUUAUUUUCACAUAGAGAAAAUUGUUAUGUUUAAAUUAAUAAAUAUUUUUAUGUUAUUGA